AUGAUUUUAUUUAUUACGUUGGCAACAUUCUGUCCGAAUCAGGCCGAAAGUCGAGCUGUGCACAAUAUUUACAAAAACGGUCAGCCAUCUCACAUCGCAUAUCUUCGUCUUGGUGACAAUGAUGAAUUAGCUAGCGACGACAACAGUGGCGAAAAUCAAGACGUGUAUACGCAUACAAAACGUAAGAGUGAACUGUUAUCAUCAUUAUAUGGUCUACCAUAUGCUCUUGCUCGCAAACGACAAGCAAAUUAA